AUGCCUGCCCCGGGCGACCAACAUACCUCGUGGGAAAACCCGUUUGAGGAGGCCAAACCACGAGUGUCGGCCUGGUCAGCGAAAGAAAUCGCCACUAUUGCGUCGAAACUUGACAAGCAACUCGGCCCUGAAUACAUUUCGUCACGGUCGGGACCCGGUGGUUCACGCGUGCAUUAUCUCACAGCCGAGAAGGUCAUUGGCUUAGCCAACGAAGUAUUUGGAUUCAAUGGGUGGUCGUCGUCCAUACAAAAUAUUCAAGUCGAUUUCGCCGACGAAAAUCCUCAAACCCAGCGUGUCAGCAUCGGCCUCUCGGUGAUCGUUCGAGUGACGCUGCGAGAUGGGACAUAUCACGAAGACAUCGGCUACGGCUCGAUAGAGAAUGCCAAGGGAAAGGCGACGGCCUUUGAAAAGGCCAAAAAAGAAGGCACAACUGAUGGACUCAAGAGGGCGCUCCGAAGCUUUGGGAAUGUCCUGGGCAACUGCAUCUACGACACAGACUACGUGAAGCAGGUCACAAAGGUCAAGGCACAGCCAGUCAAGAAGUUUAACCAAGAUAACCUCCACAGACAUUCGGAUUUCGUCAGGAAAGACGCCUCCAUGAGUGGGACAAGUGCGACGGCCGGGCCUGUCAAGAACACGACUGCACCGGCUACUCUAAGCGUGGAGGCUGCGGAGUCCUUUGAGGACUUCCUCGGUGAAAUCGACGAGGCCGACUUCUGUGUUACAGGAGAAGGCCACCCGGACGAAAUCGUUGUUCACCAGCUAGCUCCCAUGCAGGCACAGGGUCCGAAGCCGCCACCCAAUGAGCCAGGGCAAGUGCAGGCACAAGCGCAGGGACCAAGCCGCCCAACGAUGAGGGCCGUUUCAGGAGGUUUCGGGCCCCAAGGGCCGCAAAUGCCAAACAGCGGUGGGAAUGCGCAAUCUGGUGGCGCCGUUCGAGAUUCACCGCGUAUGAACAAUACCGCCGCUCCGCCAAUGCCUCCUCCGGGGGGCGACGCAGCAAUGUUUUUCUCCGCCAGAUCGAUCAGUCGCAAUUCUGACGUCAAGGAAUUGGGGCUGGGCAGCUCACAAGUCUUCAAUCCUAAAGCUGAAAGUCCGUCCAUCAGGAAGACGCCUGGGAUUGAUCAUACGUCGUCAAAACCUGUUUCCAGAAACGGACAACACGUUGCGCCGGCAAACAGCCAGUCUGGCGCAUCCUCGUCCAGCGCGGCCGGCUUUACCCCAGUACGACCAGGGGGGCCGGCAACCAGAGGCCAUCUCAUCAAUCCGUCCCUAGACCAGGCGCGAAAGAUUGGUGCGCCUGGGGCUGCUGGAAGCCCCCUGGCAAACAGAGGAAGCUACAGACCGCCAACGAUGAAGAGACCUCUACCUGGCGAGACAGGCACAGCAAGAGCCCCCUUGGUUGAUCUGCCGGCCAACACGGCUGCACAAGGCAACGGAACGAACACGGCCGCUUCAGCCGCAGGCGGUCUCGAUGUGAAGCGACAGAGGACGGGGUAA